AUGCCCACCAUCACGCCGCCGCAGCACGGGGCCGCCGCCCGGCACCACGUCGAAACUCCGCGGCCGCCGGAGCACCUCGCCGCGGCCGCCGCCGCUGCCGGGGGCACCGCUCCGGCACUUCACCACCCAGCUGCAGCAGCACCUCGACGGCCGGGGGGGCCCGCGCCGGCCAACCGCCGCGCCGCCACGGCCAGCCAGCGCCCCCGGCCGGCCCGCCCGGCCCGGAUCCGGCCCGGCCGCCACGACCGCCGGAUCCCCACACGCCACCGGCGGCCAGGAGAGCCGCCGCUCCCGCCGAGCAGCCACGCCCGCAAGCACGCCGCCGAAGCCACCGCACGACGCCGCGCCCGCCGCCUCGGCCGCGCCCGGGCGAGCUCCUCCUCGCCAGGGACGCGGGAGGGGAAGAAACUCCCCGCCGCCACCUUCCUCGGGUAG